CCCACCAGCCCACCUCCUAUCCUCCUCCCCUGUUAGCUUUUGGUCUUUGAUCUCCUCUCUUCCCCUGUAUGUUCUCCCAUUCUCCCAUGGUCUUCCUCCAUUCCAUCUCUCCAAUAAGACCUUAAGGCGACCUCCAGACUUCUUUCUACCAUCCAUUGUAGAUGGAAACUGGAAUAGGAAAGCUAUAAAAGGUGGCCACCUUCUUUCUUUGCCAGGCCUUUUAGAUUCUGAAAAGAUUUUGGGCGGUUCUGUGGUUGGAAAACAGGCAGAAUGGAAAGGGUUGUUCUUCAAAGGCAUGAUCUUGGAAGGUUUUUGGGGAUCAGAAAUUCAACAUUCCAGGUUUGAUUCUGUUUCAUCUGUUAUCUCACUGCAUGGAGUAUUUUCUCAUAGAACAUCUUUCUGUCUGCCAAAUAUAAGAAAGGGAAACAGUGGGCUAGUCUCGUCUGGGCUUUGAACUCUUCUUUUGGGGAAUUCCUUCUUUCCCUGAAAAAAAAAAAAAGAAAGAAAAGAAGAGAGGCUUUUUGAUUUUUUGAUAUCCCAUUUGGGUGUUAUAAGGUGUGAAUGACAACAGAUUGGAUACUUUUCCAGUUAUGAUUUUUGAAGCGAUUUUGCUAUCCUUCCACAUUUAAGUCCUGCUUUUUUUUAUGGAUGCAAGUUUAAGUACUAGAGCAACUUCUUGAAGUGGGGGUGGAAGACUCAUCUGAGUUUCAUUCUUAUGAUGUCAAAAAUGAAGUCCCGAAGGAGUAAUUUCUUGGUUCAAGUUUUCAUCUUGGUGCUAAUUGGUAGCUCAAAAAGGUUGGAUGUUUCAGGCCUUGGGUCCAUGUCCUCCAUUGCUGUCUCUUAUGGUGAGAAUGGCCCAGUCUUCUGUGGUCUGAACUCAGAUGGGUCUCACAUGGUCACCUGCUUUGGUGCUGAUGCUUCUGUAGUGUAUGGUUCCCCUUUUAGACUUCCCCUCCUUGGUCUCACUGCUGGUGAUAGCUUUGUCUGUGGGCUUCAGUUGGACACCAGGCAACCUUACUGUUGGGGGAGCAACAUCUAUGUGAAGAUGGGUGUGCCUCAGCCCAUGGUGGAAGGUGUGUCCUAUUCAGAGAUAAGUGCUGGCGAUAACCAUCUCUGCGCCCUCCGAAAGCCCAGCAAAGCAACUUAUAGGGGCACUUCCUUGGUUGAUUGCUGGGGCUACAACAUGACCGUCUCCCAUGAGUUUAGAGGUGGCAUUGCGGCAUUAACCGCCGGCUCGGUGUUCAACUGUGGCCUGUUUGCCCAUAAUCGGACGGCAUUCUGCUGGGGCGACGAUACCGGGAGCAGUGUCAUAGGCUUGACCCCAAGGAAUAUGAGGUUCCAAUCAUUCUCAGCUGGUGGGUUUCAUGUGUGUGGGAUCUUAGAGAAUUCUCAGGUCUUUUGCUGGGGGAGUAGCUUGGAAAUGCAGCAGUCAUCUUCAGAUGUUUUGGGCCAGGGGGAUGUCAAUAUGGUGCCAAUGUAUCCUAUGGUUUCUGUUGCUGGUGGUAGGUUUCAUGCAUGUGGGAUAAAGAGCCUUGAUCAUGGAGUGGUCUGCUGGGGGUUUAAGCUCCAGAAUAGUGUUCCCCCUCCCAAAGAGGCAAAGGUGUAUGAGAUUGCAGCUGGGGACUACUUCACUUGUGGUGUCCUUGCAGAGACCUUGCUGAGGCCACUUUGCUGGGGCACCAGCGGUCCCUGGUCAUUGCCGAUCGCAGUUUCUCCUGGAAUCUGUGCUUCUAAUCCUUGUGGCCCAGGGUACUAUGAGUUCAGCCAUGUGAGUGUCGGGGUUAAGAUUUGUAAGCCGGUGAAUUCGAGAGUUUGCUUGCCAUGCAGUGUCGGGUGCCCUGAAGGCAUGUAUCAGUCCACACCCUGCAACGUGACAUCUGACCGAGUGUGUGAAUUCAAUUGUUCCAGCUGUGCCUCGGCAGAAUGCUCCUCUUUCUGCUAUUCGAGAAAGAAAUCGAAGAACCGGAAAGUUGCAUCUCCUCAAAUGCCUUUCAUUUUAGGGGAGCUUGUCUUGGCUGCCAUCGUGGUAACCUCAGUUAUGUUAAUUGCAUGUCUUUAUGUUCGAUAUAAAUUAAGGAAUUGUAGUUGUUCAGAUUCUGAAUUGAAGGCUGUGAAGAACCGCACGUAUUCUUUCCAUAAGGAUUCAGUAAAAGUUCGACCCCACAUGGAGGAGCUGAAGAUUAGGAGGGCUCAGAUGUUCACUUAUGAAGAGCUGGAAAAAGCUACAGGGGGAUUCAGUGAAGAAUCAAUUGUGGGGAAAGGCAGUUUCUCAUAUGUUUUCAAAGGCAUCCUGAAGGAUGGAACACUUGUUGCAGUUAAACGAGCCAUAAAGGCAUCCGAUGUGAAGAAAAAUUCUAAGGAAUUCCACACCGAGCUCGACCUCCUUUCAAGAUUAAAUCAUGCCCACUUGCUUAACUUGCUUGGCUACUGUGAAGAAGGUGGUGAGAGGCUUCUUGUAUAUGAGUACAUGGCUCAUGGGUCCUUGUACCAACACCUCCAUGGUAAGGACCCUACUCUGAAAGAGCAGUUGGGCUGGGUUCGCCGUGUCACCAUUGCUGUCCAAGCUGCACGGGGGAUAGAGUACUUGCAUGGAUAUGCUUGCCCGCCGGUAAUUCAUAGGGACAUCAAAUCUUCAAACAUUUUGAUCGACGAGGAAAACAAUGCUCGUGUUGCCGAUUUUGGCCUUUCUUUGUUUGCCCCAGAUGAUAGUAGUGCCCCAUUAUCUGAACUCCCUGCUGGAACUCUUGGCUAUCUUGACCCUGAAUACUAUCGACUUCACUAUCUGACGACAAAGUCUGAUGUCUAUAGUUUUGGAGUUCUUCUUCUUGAAAUCUUAAGUGGCAGGAAAGCUAUUGAUAUGCAGUAUGAAGAAGGUAACAUAGUAGAAUGGGCAGUACCACUGAUCAAAGCUGGAGAUAUCACAGCAGUACUAGAUCCAGUUCUGAAAACUCCUGCAGACCUUGAGGCUCUUAAGAAAAUUGCAGCCAUAGCGUGCAAGUGUGUAAGAAUGAGGGGAAAGGACAGGCCUUCAAUGGAUAAGGUGACAACCUCCUUAGAGAGAGCUCUUGCUCUAUUGAUGGGAAGCCCAUGUAUCGAACAACCGAUUUUGCCUACCGAGGUGGUGUUAGGGAGCAGCAGGCUGCACAAAAAGGCUUCCCAGAGAUCUUCAAACCAGUCAUGUUCGGAGAAUGAUACUGCUGAUGCCGAUGACCAGAGGUUCGAGUACAGAGCUCCUUCAUGGAUAACAUUUCCAAGUGUGACGUCAUCACAGCGGCGGAAGUCAUCAGUGUCUGAAGGGGAUGUGGAUAUGAAGAACUUGGAGGGCAGGAGUUUAGCAAAUGGUGGAGCAGGAGAUGGUCUGAGGUGCUUGGAGGAAGAGAUUGGGCCAGCAUCACCACAGGAGGAUCUUUUCUUGCAGCACAACUUUUAAUGGUAUGGCAAUGUUUGAUUAUCAGUCUAAGGUUCAUUUAAACAUUUCCAUAACAAUGUGGUUUUUGGGGUUCGAUUCUGGAGGACAGUCCGGCUCAUCGACAAGCUGUUUUAGCAGAAAAAUGAUGUGCAUAUUGCUCAAUCCCAUCCUUGCGGUGUUCGGUUGCUGCAUCUGAUUGCACUUUGGAAUGCUAUUGUCGAAAGUCUUGGCUACUCAUUGUUAUGGCAUAAAUAUCCAUGCUUUCAGCUUUGUUUUCCAGCUUCUGUGCUAGGAAAGUCAUUUUAAAAAACUGAUUAAAAAAAUUAGGGGACAUUGUUUAUUUGUCAUUCUCCCAUAUAGCAGCUUAAUUAUAUUUGCGCUGAAAACAAUUGCAAUCA